AUGUCGUUCUUCUCCUUCCUGGCCUCCUUAUUGCCAACACGCUUCGUCGCCACCGAGUCGCAGAACGAAGACCACGCCGAGAUGCAGGCCAAGAAUCAGACCGACGAGCACGCCGCCGUCGCUAAGUGGCGCGACAGAUUCACCCUCUUUCCCAGACUGCCUCCUGAGCUGCGCCACAUGGUAAUCAUGCAGGCACUCAAGGAGGAAGAAUACGCCCGCGUCGUAAUCCUCGAUCCAGGCACCGACCGUAUCUCCCCAACCGUAGAGCUUGCUGCUCGGAGGUCCCCUCUGCUGUUUGUCAACUCCGAAUUGCGUGGCAUGGCUCUGACCGUCUACACCAAGCUCGACGUCUUUAGCCUCGGCGCUCCGAAAGACGACCAGUACGGCCCCGAGCAUGACUGGUACAUUUCUCCAAUCUCCGAAUUUGACUACUUGGGCUACUAUGUCGACAUUCGCCGACAAAUCGACCAGGAGGCCAAAGACUACGGUGUACACAAGGGCUCGUUGUACAUCAACCCCAAGAAAGACAUGUUCAUCACCGGGGUCAUUCCACGCACUGCUGUGCAGUCUCUGUACUUUCGAAGCAUCACCGAUGAUGAAUCCGGUCCCUGGGAGCCGACUAGGGACUGCGUCACAGAGCCUCUUCCGCCGUCCGUCUGCGGCAAGAUCACCAAGAUGCGGGAUCUUGAAUGGGAUCUUGAAUACACGGACGUGUGGCGGCAUACGUGCGAUUUCUGUGGCAGUAGUCACCUCCCAUGCUGCACCGAGGACUUCUUCAAUGAGAGAGGAGAAGAUUGGGUUCCUGACUACCCCCGAGACGUCUACACCAGCGUCGAGUCGUAUGGGUUUUACCUACUCGCCUACGGAGACGACGUUCAGGAGUUCCUAUGGGAUCUCAUUAUCAUGGGUGGCAAGAAAUGCCUGGAGGAAUGGGAAAGGCGCUACUUGGAGUUUGACUUGAGCAUGCUCCAGGAGGAGAACUAA